AUGUGAAUGAAUGUAAUCUGAAUCAUAAAAAUAAAAUAACGAUUCAUUGAUAAUAAAACGAAAUUAAUUAAAUGUUAAAACAUAUUCCGAUCCCAACAAUUCCGCCACCGUCAUCAACUGCGGUUGGAUCGUCAGCUUCAACGACUUUUGCUACAACACCGACACGACCAUCGCGUCCCCUUCUAACACUUAAUCGAUCCCAACAACCAUUAAACGUCUCAACUUUAACCACUGCAUCAAAUAUCACAUCAAAUGGCGGUCCAUCUCUACUUCAGACCUAUUCAAAUACGCCCUUAUUGACACAUUCUUUUGCUGACAUAACAACGCAACAACAUCCGAAGCCGCUACAGAAUGGACAUGCACCACGCAUGUUUACGCCCUUACCGGCUUUAUCGGCGAACAGUCAACAGUUUCUUUUAAAGAAUUUUAAUAAUCACAAUCAACACAACAACAAUGCAAGCAAUGCAACAUCAUCAUCAUCAACAUCAAAGUUUAUCAUGUGGGAACAUAACGGAGCCAGAGAAGCUCUUACAAGUCUAGGAUUAUUAUGUUUAGUUUCACUUCUUCUUGCCUUACUGUCUUUGAUAUUUUUAUUAAAAAUAUCGCCUGGUACAAAAUCAUUCCACAAUAUUCAGCAACAACUUCUGGGAUCAUCAGUGGAAGAAUACGCCAUUGUGUUUGAUGUAACAUUAGCAUUAUGUGCCUUGUCACUGUCAUUAAAUCUUUGUUGCUUACUUGUAUGCGCAAUUCAAUUCCUGUUCGCUGUUAAACUCGUUGGUUCUUCACCUGCUAUUAUCGGUGGAAGAGAGAAUAAAUAUCUACAAAAAUCAUCGGUGUCGAGAAUUUGCGCCAUUGGAGGUUUCUUUAUUUCUAUACCGAUUUUUUUAACAGGUAUAAUUCUUUACACUUUCACUCAAUUUCAUUCAACGCCGGCAAUCGUCACAAAUCAAAUUAACAAUCAUAGUUAUGUUAAUGGUGGGGGAUUAGCUCAUAUCAAUACGACAUUAAACAACACACAUUUAUCAUUAUUGAGUCAAGCUGUGACUCCAAAUCCUUAUUUCGGAUUACGAACAACACCACCGACACCUAAAAGUCAACAGAUGCAUAAUGGAUCGCCGAAUAAUUCAGCGAAUCUUGAUCAAUCGAAUAAUUUUAGAAAUUCUUCAGUAACAACUGCUCAUGAGCUAUCAACCUUAGUUUAA